ACAUAAUAAACAUGUAUAACAAAUAUUCAUACAUUAGAGUGAGUGAUUGAAUGACAACAACAGACCAUUCAUUCAGUCAUUCAUUGGAUGUUUAGCUGAAUACAAGACUCGACACAAAGCGAGAGCCGAUUGACAGCCACUCGACUUACAACAUGUCUGACAUCGAAGAGUCAAACAGAGACUCAGACAAUGAGGCCGAAGAGGUGGACAGAGAAGAGCCAGAAGUGGCCGACGAAGAGGAGCCGGAAGGCGAGGACUUGGAUGCGGAGGAAGAGUACUCCGAAGACUCAGAUGAGGUGCGCGGCGGCGGUCGACGGCGUGGGAAGCGAUCGAAGCCACGUCACGGAGGCUUCAUCUUAGACGAGGCGGAAGUGGACGACGAGACCGAAGACGACGAGGAAUGGGAAGACGGGGCCGAAGAGAUAAUGGGAGGCAAACACUUGGAGGACUCGGCCCGCGAUGAAGAGGGACACCUAAGGGAUCACAUGAUGUGGAACUCCCAGAAAGAGGACGAGAUGGAGGACUAUUAUCGCCGCAAAUACGCCGAGACGUCGGUCGCCGAGAAGGGCUACGACGGCGACGUCGAUCUGCCCGACGAUAUCACACAACAGGCACUGAUGCCCGGCGUUAAGGAUCCCAACCUAUGGAUGAUUAAGUGCAAGAUUGGCGAAGAGAAGGCUACUGUUCUGCAGCUGAUGAGGAAGUAUAUCGCCUUCUCGACCACCGAUGAGCCGCUGCCCAUCAAGUCUGUGGUCGCGCCCGAAGGAAUCAAAGGCUAUAUCUAUAUCGAGGCCUUCAAACAAACUCACGUCAAGCGAGCGAUUCAAGGGAUGGGAAACUUACGGCUCGGCAUUUAUAGGCAGACAAUGGUUCCCAUCAAUGAGAUGACGGAUGUGUUGCGCGUCACGAAACACAACCAACAGAUCAAAGUGAACCAAUGGGUGCGCCUCAAGAGGGGUCUCUAUAAGGACGACUUGGGACGAGUGGAUUACGUGGACACCACCCAGAAUCAGGUUCACCUGAAGCUCAUUCCCCGCAUAGACUACACCCGACUGAGGGGUGCGUUGAGCGCCGCGACCAACGAGAACGACAGUCUGAAGCGUAAGCGCCAGAAGCGUCCGCUGCCAAAGCUCUUUGAUAUGGACGCGAUUCGUGCGAUCGGUGGCGAAGUGACCACCGAUGGAGACUUCAUUAUCUUCGAGAGCGAUCGAUACCGUCGCGGCUUUUUGUACAAAGCGUUCGCAACGACUGCGCUGCUGAUCGACGGCGUGAAGCCCACGCUCUCCGAGUGGGACAAGUUUGAGGAACACCCGGAAGGCAUUGAACUACAGCUCAGCGAGAGUACGAUCGCCGAAGACAAGGGCCACAGCUUCUCACCCGGCGAUACCGUCGAG